AUGAGCUCCAGAGGUCACAGCACGCUACCAAGGACUCUCAUGGCCCCUCGGAUGAUUUCCGAGGGAGACAUAGGAGGCAUUGCUCAAAUCACCUCCUCUCUAUUCCUGGGCAGAGGCAGUGUGGCCUCCAAUCGGCACCUCCUCCAGGCUCGUGGCAUCACCUGCAUUGUUAAUGCUACCAUUGAGAUCCCUAAUUUCAACUGGCCCCAAUUUGAGUAUGUUAAAGUGCCUCUGGCUGACAUGCCGCACGCCCCCAUUGGACUGUACUUUGACACCGUGGCUGACAAGAUCCACAGUGUGAGCAGGAAGCACGGGGCCACCUUGGUGCACUGUGCUGCAGGGGUGAGCCGCUCAGCCACGCUGUGUAUCGCGUACCUGAUGAAAUUCCACAACGUGUGCCUGCUGGAGGCGUACAACUGGGUGAAAGCCCGGCGACCUGUCAUCAGGCCCAACGUAGGCUUCUGGAGGCAACUGAUAGACUACGAGCGCCAGCUCUUUGGGAAGUCGACAGUUAAAAUGGUACAGACACCUUAUGGCAUAGUUCCCGACGUCUAUGAGAAGGAGUCCCGACACCUGAUGCCUUACUGGGGGAUUUAGUGCCACCGAAGUCUGCGUCAGCAGCCCGAGCGGGGCUGGCAUCUGCUGCCCGCCGUCUGCUCCCUCUCCGCUCUCUUCUCAAAUGGCUGACUUCUGGUUCUCCCUCAAGUGUUUUUUACACUGGGUGUUCAAAUUUAUUUUAAGAGAUAGGGAGGGAGGGGACAUAAAGGGAAUGCAUACAUUGCUAGUCACAUUUUUAAAAUUAACAUUUUGGAAGAGUGUUUAUGAAAAUCUUUAGCUUUUAAUCAUUUUUACCAAUUUGAACAGUUUAAUAAACUGGUUCUGCUCUCUUCUGAAUCUCAUGCCUUUGGCACCUUGGUAGGUGCAGGAGGAGCUCAGUGCAAAAAUCACUUUGGGGCCUCAUUAACCCUUUAGAGACAAACUUUGCCCCAGGCUGCUGACCAGACAGAUGCUUAGGGAAGGUUGAUACCAGCUUCAGUCUCUACUGGAUUAGCCCUACUGUUUCCUUUCCCCUCUAUUAUUUAGUGACUCUGUAAGUUAAAAUAAAUACACCCUGAUUAUUUAGCUGUUAAGUAACUAUAAUGAAAUCUGCUGCAAAAACUCUCUUGGAAUCCAUGUGCCCAGGAUUAUAUUAUUAGCAUUAUUUUUAAUAAAUCUAUAUGCUUAACAUAUUAGAA